AUGGAAGUUUUGUUGCACCACGUUUCGUAUGCGGAUGUCUACUUCCAUUUGGAAGCGCGUGCGGGAGGUGAUGUACAGCGUCUUAGGGUGCAUCGGGAACGCCUUGAGCGGCUAGCAAGGAGAGUCUCUAUCUAUCUCCAAGAGAAUGAAGUAGGCCGCGUAGUUACGAGAGUUUAUCGUGGUGACACUGGGGAGCAGGACAAACUCACAUCGCCAGGGAAAGCGUAGUGAAUUAAGUUCUGUUCCUCUUCAUGAUUCAUUGGAGGAAAAAAAUAAGUUCUUGUGCAUUGUUGUUCUUGUUCCAUCGACUUGUUAUUACGCAGACCAACAACGACACUUCGUCGAGUUGUACUUGUUCUACGCCUAUUGUUCCUAACUUAUCAUCAACCCCAAAGGUCUCCACGAGUGCGCUACGUCGCUUCUCCAGACGUGAACAGUAGUGCAGAUAGCUGCUCCUCUGCAGAAGAUGAAGAGGAUGGGAGCCCAGGCGCCGCAAGUAGGUUUCAAAACGCAUCCAACAUCACCAUAGGGUUCGAUCUCCGCAAUAUGCCUCCAGAGAAAACGCCGUUUCUCGCAGAAGCUUUCUUUGAUGGCAAUCUCGAAAAAGCGGCGAAUUACCAACUCACAGGCGUCGUUUUUCCAGUCAUCGCUUUGGGACUUGGUAUACUAAGUAAUUAAUUGUUGCUGUCAAACUCAGAUUCAUCUUCUUUCCACUCCGACCAGCCACGAGGACUAAGAACUUCUAUGACUCACAUCAAUAGAGAGCAAAAAUAAUGCGGUUUGAUGUAAUUUGUAUGAUUGGUCAUACUAAUCUUUCUUCAUACAUAGUGGUACAUAUUAUUAUACCACUCCCACAAUCCACACCCACAUCAUUCAAAACAGACGCGUGGCUCGAGAGCAUUGUUCGUCGCAAGGGUGGCUCUGACUUUUUGAAGAUUUAUUUCCUUUCCGGCUCGCAUCAGCGUUAAGGCUCUCACUGAUGCAUCUUUGAUUGCAUCGUUGAAAAGUAUGAGAGAGUAAGUAUUUCACUGCGAUACUCUUCAGGGAUGCACCAGUGGAACAAAGAUGAACUUCUAUGGAUACCGCUAACAGCGGACGAAGCGUGCCGAAACCUUCUCUACCGAGUCUGCCGCAAAAUGUCUGAUCCAUUUCGCUGAACUACAGCUGAAAGAGCAUUUUCCCCAUCUAGAAAAACACCGAUGGCGCAGAGAAUCACCCGAAUGCUCGCAUCUAGAAGGCACGAACAUACAUCUCCGCAGGAUACACAGCGGGCCGGGGGUGUUUUUGUAGUAUGGCAACAUCUUGUACUUGUUUGUAGUUUCCGGAACAAGAACGAUUCUAUUGCUAGGCAGUGCGUGGAUCGAUGUGAAUACCUAACAUGGGGACUUACCUGACAAAAAUAACCUUUUCCAGGGCGGCUGCCUGUAUAUUGUCAUUCCCGCGAUGAUCAUAGGUAAGCACCACAGGUAUAAUCACUAGACUUGAAUCGUGGAUCAAGGUUCCCUUCUAACACCACUACUUAUUAUGAUCUUCUAACCUCCCGACGAAAAUGUCCGCUUCAUGAACAACGAGUGCUUGCCUUGGUUAGACCGUGACCGAACCGACUGCGUGAGACACUUCCAGGAUGACUCUUCUCGCGAAUGGUCACAGGAAUUCUGCGUUAGCUUUAUCCUAGCAGAAGGUGCUCCAGCAAGAGUUUCAGCCAUCACGCAGUCGUUGCACCAGUUUCGCCCGAACUACAUUCACAUACUGCGGCCGAAGAGCUAUCGCGACGAGGACUUUUUGCGUGCUGACGGAGUCCAAGUGCUCCCCUUUCAU